AUGGCGGAUAAUUCAAAGCAGAAUGAUUCGAAGAAGCCUGAAGAAGAGGGUAGCUUUGACAAAGAGGUGAUCUCCAAACAUCCAGAUAUGGAAUUAGCCCAACUGCGGUUUCUUGUAAAUCAUCCUGAGCUUGAUAAAGAUGUCAAAAAACAAAAACUCCAACAAUUACAAGCAGCUAUUAAAGAGUUCGAUAUGGCUCCACUCUAUGAAUUAAUUUGUGGAGAGAUUGGUGUCCCCGUAGACGCUGCCCAACUUGCGCUAAUGAAAGAAAACAACAACAAACGAUUGAAGGAAAUAGAAGCGGAGAUCGUUGAUGCGGAGAACAAUCUUGGCGGUACCGAAGUUCGCCUUGCAUGGUUGCGUAAAUUCGAAUAUUUUUGUCAAAUAGGGGACAAGGAGAACGCAUGCAAAACGUUUACGUCCACAUAUGACAAAACGGUCGGUAUGGGUUAUCGCAUCGAUUUAGUUUUUAAUAUGAUCCGUGUUGGGCUAUUCUUCCUUGAUCACAGUUUAAUCAACCAACAUAUCACAAAGGCAAAGGAACUCAUGGAGCAGGGUGGUGACUGGGAACGUAAGAACCGUCUUCGUUCAUAUGAAGCUUUAUACAAAAUGUCUGUGCGAGACUUCACUGGGGCUGCAGCCCUCUACCUUGAGGCGGUACCUACAUUUGGCUCCUACGAGUUGAUGACUUACGAAAACCUCGUGUUCUACACUGUUGUCACUGCACUGUUUGCACUCGACCGUCCCGAUCUUCGAGCUAAGGUUAUCAAGUGCAACGAAAUCCAGGAGCAACUCACAGGAGGUGGACUGAAUGGGGCUCUGAUCCCUGUACGGGAAUAUCUCGAAGCAUACUAUGGAUGCCACUAUGAUCGAUUCUUUAUACAGCUUGCUGCUCUUGAGAGUGAAAGAUUCAAAUUUGAUCGUUAUCUUGCUCCACAUUUCAACUACUAUUCUCGUGGAAUGCGACUUCGAGCAUAUGAACAAUUUCUAACGCCAUACAAGACAGUGAGAGUAGAUAUGAUGGCGAAAGAUUUUGGUGUUUCUCGUGCUUUUAUUGACAAAGAGUUGCAUCGGCUUAUUGCAGCAGGACAACUGCAUUGUAGGAUUGAUGCUGUCCGUGGCGUCAUUGAAAUGAAUCAUCCGGAUUCGAAGAACUACCUCUAUAAGGCCGUCAUUAAAGACGGCGAUAUUCUCCUCAACCGCAUACAGAAGCUCGCCCGUGUAAUCAAUGCAUGA